CAAGUUAGAUGUCUCCUGCGGCGUAGGAAGGCACCCAAAAUAUUGUUUAUGUUCGGAUAAUUUUAAUCUAAUCAAUAUUUACACAGAAGCCGACAAUACAAUACUUGAGAUAUUCAUGUUUACAAGGGAAGUAAGGUGCUUAUGCGUAGCAUUGACUCAAAUUCUCAAGGACAGAAACUCACAACGAUUCGCACGCGAGCGAUCGAACGUUCCAUGCCACGGAUCAACAAAUGCCAAGUGCUAUUGGUAUGUGCAAUAGCUUGCAAUUGUGUCAUCUUAUUCUACAUUUCUCAUGUACAAAACACAAACGGGGAGUGGCUAGAACAAAGCAAAUUAAAGGCAAUUAAGGAGAAAAUUUCCUUUCUGGGAAACAAAGCUACGCAAUUUGAAAAUGAAGUGACUAUUGUCUUGUUGGAGUUUGAAAACUUUGAGAAUGACAUUAGUCGAACAAUUCGUUCCAUUUUGGAGUACUUCCCAAACGUUCAUAUUGUGCUGAUAUCACUUAAACGACCGUAUCCGCCAUUAGAUAUUCCGAAUGGCAAAAUUCAAUUGGUUGUGCAAGACUUGUCCCCCGAUCAAAAGCAAUCGGCUGGAAGACCCGAGAAUUAUAUCACAACGCCAUACGUCAUGUUCAUGCCAGAUAGUGUCCGAUUCAGCUCUUCAAGUUUGCCAGUUAUGAUGCUUGAAGAGCUUAAAGCUUUGGCUGGUGUGAAACCUCAAUAUAAAAUUGUUACAGUGCCAGUGAUAUCAAAAGAAACUAUACAGUGCAACAAACUUUCAUUUGACCUUAAACGUUGGACAUUAGAGUACUCGAUUUCCGAAGAUGAAGCACAGAGCUAUUACCGAACUUGUGAUUCUGUUGGCCCCAGUCAAGUGGUUUUGGUAAAAGCUGCAUUCCUUCACAGCCUUAGUGCACCAUACUUACGACCUUUUCCUGAAAGUCUCUUCAUUCAAGCUUCGCUGCACCAUAUAAAAACAAAACUUCUCCACAAGGUUUCUUUCUCACAAGGAUCCAUGCUCUUUUCAAAUGCUCACACAAAAUGGAAAUAUGAGAAUAAUUUCAAAACAAGAAGAAAUGACAUGUACAGAAAACUAGGGGUCAAGAAAGUUGUUCUUCCAUCAGGAGAAAUGGAGUGGUAUGGCUGUGGCAAGAAUACAGGACGGUGCUUUGGCACUGUUUUUGAUGAUAUGCCUGAAUAUCUUUAUAUGUCAAGAUGGACACCACCCUGUUGUUUGGAAAAUCUGCGUCAAACUGCACGUUAUCUUUUCAACAUCCUCAAUGAAGCAGGUGUAAGUUAUUGGUUGGAGGGAGGUAGUUUGUUGGGUGCUGCUCGAUAUGGUGACAUCAUUCCAUGGGAUUAUGAUGUAGAUAUUGGUAUUUAUCAGCAUGAAAUCAACAAAUGCUCAUAUCUGGUCGAAGCAGAAAAGCUCUCAAAUUCUGGAAAAACAUAUGUUGACAGUGAAGGCUACACUUGGGAAAAAGCUGCUGAAGGAGAAUUUUUUCGAAUCCAGUUUAGUCAGUAUAAUCACUUACAUGUGGACAUUUUCCCAUUCUAUGAAAAAGAUGGCACCAUGACCAAGAAAACCUGGUUUGAAACUCACAGACAAGAUAGGGAAUUUCCUGCUCAUUAUUUGAAGCCUCUAGGAACAAUUGAUUUCAUUGGAAUGAAAGCAUCUGCUCCAAACAAUGUCAGAGAAUUUCUGGAAUUCAAGUUUGGUAAAGGUGUUAUUGAAAAUCCUCAAUAUCCAAACCCAUCAAAACUGAAAAAAAAGUCAAAGAUUAAGAGUUGAUCCCCUAUUAAAAGUUAGGAAUGUAUUUUACGAAUGAAAUCACUUUAUUUUCACCAGUUAAGCUGCUUUUUGUUUUUAGUUUCUCACUCUUUGUGGGGGAAGGGACAAACAAACUCCAAGUGGCUUUGAGAUGCCAUGUCCUGAGGAUAUUUUUUCAGGGGGUGAAUGUCACAAAGUAUUUUUUAUAGACUGUUUAUAAUCUUUAAUGUAAACCCAAAAGAUUAUACAGCAAAUAAAUGCUAAAAUUUUGAAAUGGGCAAGUGAGUUCCUAGUUAACUCACAUUUCAUUCGCUUACCAUCUUCUCCAUCAACCUUGUCAGUGACUGACAGGUAUUAUUUUCCUGUGAUCAUCAUCAGUGGCCCCUCCUUGUCAUGUUUUACUACAGAGAAAAAAUUGUAAUGAUAAAAUGAGUGUUUUUUUCUUUUUGAUGAUUGCAUGGAGUGUUACUCUUUGGCAACAGGUGCUCUUCUCAUUUGUAACCUUUCAAUGUAUAUUAAGAUUUUGAAAAUUUUCUAAAGAGAAGUAUAAAUCUCUAAAUGUAUUUAAUAUGUGGCAUAUUUUUGAGAAAUUGGAAUAGAUAUAA